AUGUUAUUUAUGCGUUUUGUUCCUCAAGUUAAACCAAAAAAUCGACUUUUAGUUGCUUGUCAUUUUCCUAAUGAAUAUGCUCAAUUAAUGCAAUUAGUAAGAUUUACUAAUUAUAAAUAUGGUACGACAUCACCUAUGAAACAAUAUGAAAUUCUAUCAACUGUCGUCAAACCAACGGUUGAAUUUGUUCAUUCAACAUAA